AUCGACAUUGCAGUAAUUCAGCAGCCACAAAUCAAGCUAAUAAAGAAGACAAAUGAGCUCGUAUUUCGUAAAUUCCUCGUUAACAAGCCGAUAUCAAAAUGGCCAAGAUUUCCAAGUACAGCACUACAAUACGACAGGAAGAUACAAUCCGGCACCGGCAGCGGCAGCGGUGAACUACAACACCGGCUACCAAUACUCAAAUCAUCAUGACGCUAGCUACUAUCCCAGCGAUGCUACUACGGCGCUCCUGCAGCCCCAGCAGCCGACAACAACAAAUCGGCUCAGUCAUACCCCGAGCUCGCACCCUUCAUACUCCCUGACUGGGAACUUGGAAAACGUCACAAUGUCGGCGAAUAGCACGUCGUCACCCUCUCCAAACUCCGACAGCAGUCUUUGCAGUGGAGUACACGGGAAGGAAAAAAUCGGCACUGGCAGCACUCAGGAUGGGGUUUACCCAUGGAUGCGUCGCAUGCAUAUGAGCUCAGGUACGAAUGGUAUGGAGGCGAAGCGCAGUAGAACGGCAUAUACACGGUACCAGACGCUGGAGCUGGAGAAGGAAUUCCAUUUCAAUCGCUACUUAACUCGACGUCGACGAAUCGAGAUCGCACACGCGCUAGGGUUGAGCGAACGACAGAUCAAAAUUUGGUUCCAGAACCGACGAAUGAAGUGGAAAAAGGAGCACAAUGUAAAAAGCAUAUCACAAAUCAUGAACCCCGAUACAAAGGACAAUUCGUGCGAGACCGGUGGACUGUCAGCGACAGGGUCAGUAAGUCCAACCAACUGACCAAAAGCAACACCAACGAAAACAACAUCAACAUAGAGACUGUAGUGGAUAUGACGUCAUUCAUGGCUUCAAGUCCCAAGUUUGUUGUUCAUCCGGGGUCACGUGUUCUGCCGCAGCUUGGCCCGAGCUUUUGAAGCCAGUGGUAACCACCUUAAAAAAUACAAGAGGCUGACUAGUUCUGUACAUAUAUUAUCCCCGAAGUUGUUAGUUUUUCUUUAUAUAUUCUUAACUUUGAUUUUUUUUAUUUAUUUUUGAAUACGUGUUUGUUUAUAGUUUGGUUGACUCAAUGAGCAGCGCUAUAUGUGUUAUUGUGCGUGUUUCUACAAAAACACACACACACGUAAAAUACAAAAAAAAAAAAAAAAAAA